AUGAUAACUCGUGUGGCUCAAAAAUACGAUAGCGUUCGAACGCACAUCGUUCACUUAUCGGCAGCUGACGCAUUGCCGUUAAUUAAGCUAUUCCGAAGCAACGUUGGAAAUCGUUUAACGGUCGAAACCUGUCAUCACUAUUUGAAUUUGAAUGCGGAUGAAGUGCCGCGAGAUCGUGUCGAUUUUAAAUGUUGCCCGCCAAUCAGAGAUGCUGCUAAUCAGACAGCACUGUGGAAUGGUUUAAAAUCAGGUGAUAUUAAUAUGGUGGUUUCGGAUCAUUCGCCAAGUACAGCCGAGAUGAAAUUGCUGUUCGAUGGUCCUGACUAUGGGAACUUUAUGAAAGCAUGGGGUGGAAUUUCCUCAGUUCAAUUUGGUUUAUCAUUAUUCUGGACGAAUUGUGCGAAGCAUGGUUUGGGCAUCAAUGACCUGAUUCGACUAAUGUGCGAAGAGCCAGCCAAACUAUGCGGUUUCCACGAGCAAAAAGGGAAAUUGGCCAAAGGAUAUGAUGCGGAUUUGUGCAUAUGGGAUCCAUCGGAUGAGUUCACAGUGACACCAGACAUUAUUCACUUCCGCAAUAAAGCCAAUCCGUACAUGAACAAACAGCUGAAGGGUAUUGUGCAUGCAACAAUUGUGCGAGGACAAUUCGCUUACAAACGCUCAACUAGCGAACUAUUCAAUUUUGUUGGCCGUUUAUUGAAACCAAAACCAUCAAAACAUAUCUAA